AUGCAACACACUGGGAGAAAUUCAUUGAGCUCGUCAUCUAGCCAAUUUUCUGUGGACGCAUCCUCCGUGUCGUCAUCACCCAGCAAUAACAACACCACUACAGGAGGAUCUACAAACAACCAUUCAUCAACAAUUCCGUCCUCUUUUCAUUCCUCAUUGACCGAAGGAUCAUCGGCAAUUCCAUACAGCACAAGCACUCAUUUGCCCGGAAUUAAUUCUCACUCUUGUCGUCAUCAUCCUCUCAACUCUUCAUCAAUGACUCCUACUGCUGCCACUCUGAUAUCUUCUUCACCAUCCUCAUCAGCUCAAGGAAAGGAGAUGAACACUUCGAGUACCACUACCAAUACUACUAACACAAGCAAUCCUUCCUCUUUCCAGCAUCAACAUUCACCAGCAACAUCUUCUGCUCCUUUGUUGAAUCAUCAUCACCACCACCACAACAACAAUUCGUCCAACAAUACUACCACUACGACCACUCAUCAUCCUCAAGAACAAGUUACCACCACGACCACAACUUCUCUCACUACCACCAAGCAACAAGCACUGAAAUCUAGCCUUUUAAUGACGACCACGACAGCUGUGGUGCUGAACAAUACCAACUCAGCUGCCAUUAAUACUUCUCUGACCACUUCAGUUUCAGCAUCAUCUUCUUCCACUGUAAUCCCUUCAAGCACUCUGAAAGCAUCACAACAUUCACCUCGUCCAAGAACCAUUAGCAAUCCCCAUGCUUACAGCUAUCGGAACACCCACUAUGGCAAUCCAUAUUCUCCAUCCAAUAGUUUCAUUAGUUGGUUUUCCUCCUUCUCUGGUAGCUCGGGCCAUAAUUCCUACCACAACAAUUUCAAUUCUCCAAUUAUGGGAACAUCCAAGAAGGAAUUUAAACAAUCAAUGCCCUCAUUAUGGACUUGUUUUAUGAAGGCUAGGAAUUAUAGUAUUGUUAUCCUCCUAAUAUUAUGUGUUGUUGCUUCCCUGCUUUUUGUUUUGAAUUUACGUUCUAAUGUGUUUUCCAAAAUUCAUAACACCAUCAGGACGGGUGCUGAUGAUGCUCUGGAAACACUUGAAGAAGCCAACACAAUCUAUGAUGCAAGUUACGAUAGAUACCGUAUUCCAUCGUCCAAGGACCAAGUAGAGCGACCCGAUUGGGAAAACAUUCAGAAAAACGAUCCGAGAAGGCCGAGGAUAGCUGGAAGAAAACAAGCUUCCGAUUCGAAAAGAAGGAAGAAACAAGAGACGACCUCAUCAUCAUCAACCACAAAACAACAACCCCAAAUUGAAAAGCCAGCUCCAACAAGAAUAGAUGCUCCACAACAACCAUUAGCCGAACAACCCAAGCUCGAACAAGAAAACAACAAGGCCACCAAAACCACCACAGUGCAACCAGAGAUGGGACCAAAAGUUAUUCAAAACAUGGAUGACAGCAGCAACAAACAUCCAAUACCUGUUAAGCCUGAACCAAUUACCUAUGUCAAACCACUCAGACCUGAUGGAAAUGAUGUUCGUACGACUGUGGUUCCAAAACCUGCGGUGGAAAAUGAAGAAAAUCCAGAUUUCAAAAUUGAUCAUAUUUAUGUGAUUAAUUUGAAAAUUAGAGAAGAUAGAAAGUUAAAGUCAAUCCGAAGACUCAACACUCUUGGUGGUAUCUUUUCAAAUUACAGCUUCUUUGAACCUGUCUAUGGAGAGGCAUUGUCCGACAAGGAUAUCUUUAACCAUGUGUCAAUAACAACUUAUAAGGCCAUUUCCGAAGGAAGAAGUCUUGAUUAUCAACUUGCCACAAAGGGCGCCGUUGGAUGCUAUCUAACACACACAAAUAUUUGGAAAGACAUGAUCGAGAAGGGUUACGAGAAAAUUUUAAUAUUUGAGGACGAUUUUGAAAUAACUAGUCCUUAUGACGAAAUUAUGACCUAUUUCGCUCAUUUACCAAAAGAGUUUGAUGUAGCUUUCAUGUAUUUUAGUCUCUUCCCUGGAAGUGGGGAAUUUGAAAGAUAUAAUGAUUAUUGGAUGACAACAUCAGCAACUAGAGUCUAUGGCGCGGCUAGUUAUAUCAUAACUAGAAAGGCUGCCCUAAAGUUAUUGGAAAAAGCAUUCCCAAUUGAUUUACAACUAGACGCUUUUAUUAACCAUUAUGUGACAUUCACAGGUGGUUUAAGAUUGUACUCGAAUAAGCUUCUCUUUGGACACGAAAUUAUUGAAUUAUUCAACACCAAUGUCCAAGAUUAUUGCUGGAAAUGUUUCGCGAAUAUUUUGAUGGACAACUUCCUUUCAUUUGAUUUAGUUAUCAAUGUAUUCAUUGUUGUGGCUGUGGUUGUUGUGAUUUUAAUUCUCUAUGCCAAGUACUUUUCAAGAAUACUUGCAAAUAGAAAGAAGGGAAAGCCAGAACGACUUGCUGAAUGGGCUCAUAAUGAAUAA